AUGCAAUUAAAUCGUCCAAUUCUUUCUCCAAUCUUUACCGCUACAUUAUGUCUCCUUGCCCGUUCCCCACCCAACCGUUCUCUCACGGUGCGGCCCGAUAGUUUGGCCUCUUUCCAUCCGGCCUUGGCCCGCACUUGGCUCACCGCCGCCUCUAAUAAACUCCUGCAGCCUCAACAUGUACUUCCAACAAGCCGCAAACUCGCAUGGUGGCGUUGUUCACAUUGCCAUCAUGAACAUCACAAACGCAUUGAUCUCCACGUGGCUGCCGGUGGGGCGUGUCCAAAGUGUAAACACAUGCCAACUCUGCAGAGUAAUGAGAAUGGAAAUAACUAUGCCAGUAGUAGCAAUAAUAAUGAUGGGAUUGAUGUUAACAAUAGUAGUGAUAACAAGAAGAAGAAGAAAAAGGAAAAUGUGGAGAUAAUGAUAAAUCAGGUGAAGCAUCGUUGUCGUCCAGAUAACUCACGUUCUGUGUUGGCAGCUGAUAAUGCCAAUCGUGUGAAAAGUAGUAUUGCCGAUGAUGGAUAUUUACGUGUGGUAGAAACCCGCAAUCUACUACCCAUGCUCGCUCGAAAUUAUACAAAUGAAGAAGAUAAAAUAGAUGAGAAUGAACUUCUUUAUGUUUCUCCUAAAUUGGAUGGAGUUCGUUGUAUUGUAGCUUGGAAUGCACAGAAAAAAGGUUUAUGUUUCUUCAGUCGCUCGGGAACUCUCUUUGAGUGUUGUGAUCACCGCAUUGAACCCGCCCUACGGCCUUUAUUUGAAAAAGAUCCCACACUCGUAUUAGAUGGGGAAUUAUAUAAUCACAAUGUAGAUGACUUUGAGCAGUUGGUCUCCGCUAUUCGUACAACUCGAGAACGACGUACACCGAGUAUUGAACAACUUCAAGGAAAACUUCAAUAUCAUGUCUUUGAUAUUAUGUAUGCGAAGAAAUUCUCUGAUAUGUCUUGUGUACCUUACUCUAAACGAUAUGCCUAUCUUCAGAGUAUGAUAAGUACACUGACUUCAUCCCUGCGAGAAGAGAAUGGAUGUAAAGCAGUUGAAUUAGUCCCUUCCAUUGCGGUAGAAAAGUCUAACAUGCAGCGUGUAUUGCGACUUUCAUUAGCAGACGGAUAUGAAGGCAUUAUUGUACGGCGUGAUGGACCCACUUCUUCUGCUAUUACUAUCACUAAUAAUAAUAAUAAUAAGAAGAAGAAGAAUAAGAAUAGUAAUAGUAAUAAUAGUAAGAAGAACCGUAUUGGGGUUAUUGGUUAUGCCUAUGGUUCUCGUUCGCCCAAUCUACUUAAAUACAAAGUCAUGCAAGAUGAUGAGUAUGUAAUCGUCUCUGGUGUGGAGGGACGAGGAAAGUGGAAGGGUUGUCUCGGUGCGUUUGUCUGCCGUACAAAAGGCGGUCAUCACUUCACCGUAGCCCCAGCGACAACAGAAGAGAAUAAACGAAAUAUGUGGAAUCGCUUAAAGACAUAUAAAGGAAAGGUACUCACCGUGCAGUAUCAGGAACUCUCCGCGAAUGGGGUUCCACGGUUUCCUAUUGGGAAGUGUGUGCGGGGGGCGAAAAGUGGUGAGGAUUGGAUAUGA